AUGGCAGAUUGGGGAAAGAAAAGAAGCCACCAGUCGAGCCGCAAGACAGAAGACACGUCGUCUUCAAGCAGCCAUCGGUCUUCGAGAUCUGCACAUGACCAGAGGCAUGCUCAGUCUUCUAAGACCUACAAAAGCUCUUCGUUGUCCAAUAAAGUCGCUUAUCCCCAACUCGAGAGAAGUGGCAAGGUAGAUCGGAUGUCAAAAAAGAGGAAAGAGAAGAGGCCAGCCGCUUCUGACAGCGAGUAUGAUGUCGAUUGCCGUUCAGAUGCGAACCAGUAUGGGAGCGGUGAGGAUAUGGAAGACUCUGUGAAAAGAGAGAAACACCAGGCGCAAGAGGCAAAUUUCAGAAGGGAGGUAGCGGCUUUCAACACGAACAACUAUGUUCGUGAUCACCGCUCGCAUGGGGGCCAAGCAGCAUUCAUUGGUUCGAAAUCAUCCUCGGACCAGAGAAAGCGCGAGAGGGAAAGGGCCAUAUCUGAUGUUGAUAAGUUUCAAAAGAAGCGGUCUAGGGCAUGA